GGGAAAGGGAACCGGAGCUGCUCUGGCUCGCGCUUUUUGCAGACGAACAAAGACUCGGGGAGAAGAAGAAGAAGAAGAACUAAAAAAGGGGGACGCCUUGCGCUCUUUCUUGCAUCUACGCCCCUCUCCCUCUCUCCCUCUCUCUCUCUCUCUCUCUCUCUCUCCCCCGGACAAAGGACGACAGCAAGCCGGGCAAGACAGAUGCGUAGCCGCUGGUGAGGGAGCGAUUCCGGGCGACUGCAUCUCGGGGAUUGUCAUCUUCGCAUCGCGGCAGCUUCUGGUGGCUCGACGCCGAAACCCGGGAAAGCGGAGCGUUUGCUGGCUUUUGGAUUAUUCUUCGCAUCGACAGCGCAGCGCAAUAGAAACAAACACCACAGCAUCCCGCUUCGUGCCCCGGCGACACUGCGCCCCCCGCCGCACUCAUGUGGUGGCCAUUCAGCAUCUUCUUCAGCAGCAUCUUCCUCUUCGCCAUCGUCCUGUCCAUCCCCGUCGCCUUCGAUGUGGGCGGGCGAGACAGCGGCCUGGCCUACAGCCUGAGCCUGUCCAUCUUCUACAUCUUCUACUCGGCCAUCCGCCUGGCCACGCCCGAGAACUCGCGAGUUCGCUGGACCAUUGUGUCGCUGCUGAGGCUGGCGCAAUGGUUCGUCAUCCCGUCGCUGCUGAUCUGGGCGCUGGGCAAGUUUGCCGUUGAUGUCGAUGAGGCGAGCUGGGUGGAGAGGACCUUUGACGGCGUGUUCCACUCCAAGAGCACCAGCUGGACCGAGUGGAUGUUUGGCAAGGAGGGCGUGCUGGAGACGGUGAUGCUGGGUUCGUGGGACAAUGUGCUGCGGUAUUCAGGGCCCGUCUUCCAGCUGCUCGAGGGCUUCUGCACGCUACUUGUGAUCCAGGCGGCGGGACAAAUUACUCGAUGGCUGGUCAACAGAGGGAGGAGCGAUACCUGGGUGAUCUUCUUGCUUGCAUUCUCUGGCUCCAUCAUUGCCAGCGCUGUCUACUUCCUGUGGCGUGUUGCUCAGUUCCCACAAAUCAGCAACAUUGAUGCCACGCUCAUUGGCGCUACCAUGACCACGGCUGUGUUCCUCUGCGCAUACGGCAUUGGCAGCGGCCGCGGCAGUCCUGUCGAGUCAUCGCUUCUCUUUGCUUAUGUCGUGCUCUGUGUCUAUCAGAUCUUUACCGACUACCUCCCCUCCGACGGCACCUAUUCUGCCGAGGACCAGGCAUCAUCUCAGCCAGAAAUCCCCCCGCUGCCGCCCAUCAUCAUGGCCUCGUACUCAACCUUGCUUCAUAUCGUUAGCACUCUUCCCAACGCUCUACACUCUUCGCUCGCCCUAUUGUACGCUGCUUUUCAGACUAUUACACCGUCCGUAAUCAUCUCUCUCGCAUACCGUCUCUUCGUCUUCUACUGCGCCACCCGCAUCAUCCCUUCGGUACGGGAUCUGGGCGCCCGAGCCAUGAUGCACGAGCCAGACUGGGAUGAGUCAGAAGCGGCGUCAAUGUUCCUCAGCAUCCUCAGCUACUUCUCGCCCACAAUUUUGAUUUCCGUCUAUACUAGCCUGCUGUUACAACACUUCUCCACGAGCGAGGGGCCAGAUGGAUGGACACUCAGGGGCGGGGACGUGGGUGGCAGCACUUGGCGGUGGAUCAACGUGGGACUGACGAUGGUGCUGUAUGGGAUUGAGCUUACGCUCAGCACAGACGACCAAGACCAUUGGAAGGUGGAUUGA